GCAGAAAUCAGUAUACGCGGGAUGGCAAUGGAAGGUUUGCGCGUAAACUGCCUUUAAUUUACGCACGCUCAGAAUACAUUAUAUUUUUUAUUGUCCAUUAAUAACAUGCAGUGGAAUAAUAGGUCGACGAUUGGUCAAGAACGGCCUAUUAAACGUGACUUCAUUGAAUGCGCACAUGUAUAGCCUAUAGGUGUUACAUAAGACACUAACGAAAGUGAAAUUAAACGACAAACAAGGUGACACGAUCUAUAGUAGUCUAGGCUAUCUAUUCAAGAGGCAUCCAUUGAGUUGAGAGACGGCGUUUUACUCCAAGUAACCCACAAUGGACUUGAAAAAGUUGGUGGAAGGCACUCUAGACGAUCUGGACAAAAAAGGUCUGAAGAGUUUUAAGUGGCACCUAAAAAAUCUGAAAGAGGAUGUGGAUGGCUUUCCUAAUAUCGCAAACAACAAUCUGCCAGAGUGUGCUGACAGUCAGGACACUGUGGAUAAGAUGGUUGAAAGAUAUGAAAGCCCAGAAGAAGCCUGCAAGGUCGCAGUGUUCGUUUUACGCAAAAUGGAAAAUCGCCUUCUUGCCAAGAAGGUGGAGGAUCGUGCACUGCAGUCCCCUGGAGCUGUUCCUGUCCAGGAUCAGGAUCAGGAUGGCUGCAUGUCAGGGCUGCGUGGCAAGAUGAAGACCCCUGCAGAGAAGGAAAAGGAGGGUUGCUAUAGCAUGGCCAGCAACUGCAGAGGUGUCUGUGUGAUCAUCAACAAUGUGGACUUUGGGAAUGAAGAGAAAAACAGAAAGGGAUCAGACGUUGAUGCUGCGGCGCUAGCAGAAGUGUUCAAAUGGCUGAAGUUCAGGGUGGUGAUGUGCAAGGACAAGACUGCAGAGAAUAUUCACAGAGUGCUGAAGGUCUUCUCUGAGCUGAAGCAGUUAUCUGAUCUGCAACCGUACGAUGUGAAGGAGUGGGUCGGUGGUCAGUUCACUGAUCUAAAGGAUCUUCCUAAGCAUGGCGAUGCCUUCGUCUGCUGCAUUCUGAGUCAUGGAAAAAAGGAGGGAGUCUGUGGCACAGAUGGAAUGGUCGUCCCCAUCAAUAAGAUCAGCGAACCUUUCAACGGAGAGAAAUGCAUGAUCCUUGUUGGAAAGCCCAAAUUGUUCUUCAUCCAGGCGUGUCGGGGGUGUUCCAGACAGAAGGGAGUGCCGGUGCCGAAGAAGAACCAUGUAGAGGACAGGGAUCUGCAGGCAGACGACUACCAAGACCAAAACUACACUCUUCCAAUACAUUCCGAUUUCCUGGUUUUCAUGGCCAACGUAGAGCAGUAUGUCUCCAUCAGGAGCAAAACCGAUGGGUCCUGGUUCAUCCAGUCUCUGUGUCGCCAACUGAAAGACGGCUGCCUCAGAGGGGACGACAUCCAUGCUAUCAUCACCCUGGUCAAUGCUGAAGUGUGCCAGAAAGAAUGUGAACUUCCUGUUAAGGAUGAACAUGGUAACGUCAUUAGAAAUGAGCAGGUUAAGCAAUCACCGGAUUCCAGUCACACCCUGACGAAGACACUCAUCUUUCCUGCACCUUGAUGACUUCUUGAUGUUACCAUGAAAACCAUUUGUCAACUGUCAUUAUGGUCAUUCAAUUUAAAAUGAAUGUUUUGAUUUUAAAAACAGCUCCAUGCAGGCUGUGAAUAGGCCUAAAUCAUAUUCACUGCAUUCCUGUUGCGGCGUUCUCAUUUUAAAUCAGUUUUACAUUAUGGGAGAGGGGCACCAUUAUUACUCGGGUUUUUUUGUAUUUUAUAUAGUUCCGGCUGUAUCAUCAUAUAGAUUUUUUUUUUUAUCAGAAAAAUGUCACCAGCAGGGCCCAGUUUUUUAAAAGUUAUCUGGAUUUUGCCUAUCAGAUGGAUAGGACUAAAUGCAUAGAAAUAGAAUGAACGAAUCAGUAUUGAAUGGGGACUCUAUUCCUAUGCAUUUAAUCCUAUUCUAUAGGCCAAAUCCAGAUAACUUUUGAAAACUGAGCCCAGAUAUACCAAGUCAUUUGUAGCAAGUAAACUAAGCUAUAUUGAUUUCGUCACCAAACUAAGAAUGUAUUUGAUUUAGCAUUUUAUGUAAUCAAGUGGAGUUUAGUAGUAAGAACAAAAGUCAUUGAUAUCUCAACACAUUGUUUCAGUCUUACUUUAUUACGUAUUUUGAUGUGAUUUCAUCUACUUCCUUUUUUAUACAAUAAUGUUUUCUUACAUGCCUUUCCUGCCAUCUUAAAAUAUGUUAUACUUCAAAAUAAAUAUUUGAUCAUUUA